AUGCAGAAAUUGAUGAAGCAAGUCAAGCAGCAGCAGCAUCGAAUCUCUCAUGAUCUCAACAGAGUGAUCCAUGCGGGGGAAAAUCUUGCUCUUGAUAAAGAGAUUCUUCUAAUAGAGAACAGGCAACUACAGCAAGCUCUUAAUCAAGAGAGAAGACAUCGCAAGCGUGGCAGGGCAAUGGGGUUGCUAGAUCCUUCAAAUCCAUCAUUGGCACAGUUCUUUUCACCAGCAAAGGUGCAGAGCAUCCGCGAGCAGAUGACUGCCGCGGAGGCCACUAAAAAGGAUGAACAGGCCCUGGAUGGAGCGGAAGGGAGCUCGCCAGGCAGCAAGGAGCAAAAGGAGAUGGAUAAGGCCGCGAGAGCUGCUCAACGGCAGAUUGAGAAGGAGCUUAGGGAUGCAAGGAAGGCUCAAGAGCAAAAAGAGAAGGAAGAACAAGCUACUGCGCGGCAGCAAUCACGGUUAGAAAAGGCCAGGAUUGAAGAAUCCAAAAAUCACCUUCCUAAUCAGGAAAGUAGACCCUCAAUUUCGCAAAGAGUGGCUAAAUCGCGUUUUCAGAGCAAGGCCAGGGUGCCCACGGAUCCGCUGCCGGAGGAUUCUGAUGAUAUCGCGAUCCCUACUGAUUUGAUGACUGCCUGCUCGCUGAAUCUGCCUCCACCCCCAGAUUUCGCGUUCCGGGCGAGCCGGGUGGCGGGCUCUCACUCUAGUCGGGUAGUAUCCAGUUAUUUCUCGCUGCUACAAGAUGGACUCCGCGCCAGUUGGGCUUCGGACCUUGGACCUCUCACCUCAGUCCAGUGCGACUCGCCACAAUGUUUGAGCAUAUCGCAACGUGUCGCUAUUCCGCAAAGAUAUGGCCAUAACUUAACCGUCAUUAAGUUUGUUCAUACUGAGCCUUCUUUCGGCCUGGCCAAUAGUGACAGCGGGACGACUCGUGGUCCUGGAUCACAGGGAAACUAUACACCACGAGAGAAGAGUCGCGACAAGUCAAAGAAACACACCUCGUCUCCUUCAGCAUACUUGAUAUCUGUAUUAGAAAAUUGUGGCUAUGAUGUCAGCAUUGCAAAACCGAAAAGCCACAGCGUGGAUUUAUCGUAUAAUUCUCCCCUCGCUACGACCCGCUCCUCUAUGAAACCCCGUCGAAAGACUAAGGUUAAGAGCUCCCGGUAUCCGAAUGCGCGCCUAGCCUGUGCUACAGUAGUUGCAGACUAUCUUCGUUAUGUUCAUCCAUUGCUUGAGUCAGAACCUUCUGGUCCCAUUUCAAACCAGAGAUUCGACAAAACAUUGGACAAUGCGCUUCUCACUGUUUUUAAUGACGAAGUGGUCCAAUAUUUGUCAGAUAGGGGUUAUUCGAUAGACGAUGUGAUGGCUUGGGCUUGGAUACUUACCUCAUCCCAACCUCUCCAGGCUGCAAUGCGUUAUAAAAUCUUCGAAAAAAAGGCUUCUGAAAAUAGUCUGGAAAGUGCUAAGGUUCCAUUAUUUGUGUUACUUUUCACUCUCCGGCGAGAGAGCAUCUGUGCUACUGCUUUCAGGAUCUUAUUGUUCCAAGCUUGGGAUAUAUUAAGUGAUAACCUAUCCAACGAUCAAACUUCGGAAAUUUCUUCUGGCCCUAAAAGGAGUGCCUGGAAUAGAUCUGGAGAUGACAAUACUAUUAUGAUUCUUGCUGUGCGCCUUCUACGGCUUGCUGGGCAAUUGUGGCCACAGGCCUUCCCUUCCAUAGCUGCUUUGAUUACCAGAACUCUUGGAACUGCCUCUGCCGCAAAUAAAUCGAGCGAGGCUUACGAAAAGAAGAUUAGAGGUCUAACUAUUUAUUAUAACAAACUCCUUUCACUUUUAGCAAUGCCAUGUCGCCUUGAACCGUAUCGUUCAGCCAUAUUUCAACAACGCGCUCAGUUCCAGUUGCUAAGGGAAAUGUCAAAAUUUAACCCUCCCCUCCCUGUCACUAGGGAAGGCUAUCAGGCUAUUACUAACGUACAGCUGGCUCAAAAGAAGACUUCGCUGGAACGACAGUGGGCUAAUUUUAAAGCUCAGUCGUGGCCUCCUUGGAAAGAGGAAAAACUCGGUAUUGAUUUCGAAAGGGGAAACGAGGGCAGUGAGAGUAGGGCGCUUAAGUCUAUUUCACAUAUGAGAGAUGUCGGAUAUGGUAUGACUGCAUGGGAGCAGACUGCAGCCAUAUACGCUGGAUGGGAUACGGAUAAAACUCCGACGAUCCAGACGAGAACGUUUCUUCCGAAGCCUAACCGCUUUCGGUUGUCAUCAUUUUCAGGACAAACAUCCACGCAACCUUCCUCGAGAACCGGCGUUGAAUACCUUCUCAUUAGCAACCUCUCUGAUCAGCAGAAAUCUGCUCUUGUUUCUGGCCUCUUUCGAGGUCAAUUAGUGAACGAGAAGUCCCUUGCUGAUGUGCCGGACGACAUUUUUGCCGCAUUCAUACAACUUCUUUCAUGGAGUAAUUUCUUGUCUGGAUUAGCAACGGACAGAGUUAAGUUCAGCAACCACAAGAUCUCUAUUCCUAUGCAGCGUGUUAUAUCGUGGUGGGAAGUUUGCCAUGUUUUAACAUGGAUGCAGGAUGCAAACAUCCCCCUUGAAAGUCGAGGAUUCGAAAUUGCUUGCUCCGCUCUUUCAAGGCUUAUUUUGGCAGCUAGGCAAGAUAUGGAAGGUGCUGAACACGGCUUAAAAAUCGUCGAAAAUGUCACAGGCCAGAAAUACGGUUCGCCAGAGUCGUUGUCCUACUCAACAAUUCGUGAAAUGGUUCAGCAAAGCGUGGCUUUGCUUAAGCGCCAAUUUGAUUCGGUGGAAUUGACGGCGGGGAAGGAAAGCAUUCUGUCAUCAUUGGGGCUGUCAAGCGAAAAUGGUGAAAGUAACAUUCCUGCUAUGCUACCAGGUAUAUUUGAAUCAACAGCCCCGUCUCUGCUCCACGCUUAUGUUCGGGUUCUUGGUUUAGCCAACGAUCGAGCUGGGUUGUUAGAACUUCUCCGGUUGAUGAGCAAACGUGAGGCUGGUCUAAAAUUCUCUGCCAAUGAACGCAUGGGCGGCAAAAGGCUUGUACGUCGUACCGUGGUGGCCAUAAGAGUGUUUUUGGAGGGAGAUUGGGAGUUGACUUCUGGUGUGUCUGAGCCUGGGGCUUCGUACACCUCUCCUGCCUUAAAACAUCGCAGUUUUAUCUGCGAAGGAAAUAAUCCGGUCAACUCAGAUAUUUCCGAAUCCACCCAAAAAGCAAGGGCUUUUGUUGACCCUAUUGUCAUUGAAGCAUACGACAUCAUCGAGAAUACGGAGCUCCUGUCCCCUUGGCCCACAGACGGUGAAAUUAAGGAAUAUAAGGCUGUGCUAACUGGAUUACGAAGAUAG